AAAAGUGAGCAGAAUAAAGUUCAGAAUAUUGAUGAUUUUAGUAGUGACAGUAAUGAUAAUUCUUAUAGAGAUAGCAAUAGUAGCGAUAGUGAUGAUAGUAAUAGUGAUAGUGACAAUAUUAAUAGUAAUGAAUCUAACAUAAAUAAAUAUGAAGAAAAGGAAAUUUUGGAUUAUGAGAAUGAAUAUUAG